CAAUCGAUUUCUUCCCAUCGCCAAUUUCAAAUCCUUCACAACAAAUACUCUCAAUUGGUUACCCCUCUAAUCUCUCGAUCAAGCUACGACAAUGUCAGGCCGUGGAAAAGGAGGCAAAGGAUUGGGAAAAGGAGGAGCGAAGCGUCAUAGAAAGGUUUUGAGGGAUAACAUUCAAGGCAUUACCAAGCCAGCAAUUCGCCGAUUGGCUCGUAGAGGCGGUGUGAAGCGAAUCAGUGGUUUGAUCUAUGAAGAAACCAGAGGCGUUUUGAAGAUCUUCCUUGAGAAUGUGAUUCGUGAUGCUGUGACCUACACAGAGCACGCUAGGAGGAAGACGGUGACCGCCAUGGAUGUCGUUUAUGCGCUGAAAAGGCAGGGAAGGACCUUGUACGGUUUCGGUGGUUAGGUUAUAGAACGAUUUCAUGGAUUGAUUUGGAUCUUGGCUUUAGAUCUGUAUUCUCUCUACUUUACAUGUUUAGUUUUAGGGUUUCUAUAACUGUUCUAUUGUUCAGAAUAUGGACGAUUUACUUUGCUCAAGAAUUAUGUUACAAAUUUACAAACUGCUCUCCUUAUUUCCCCCUCAA